CGAUAUUUCCAAUUUUGUUGUUCUUGGACUGGAUGCGUGAUGCCUUACUACAAAUGUUUUUUUUCAUAAAAUGUAAACUAAAAUUUGUUUAAAAUAUGGGGCGAAGCAAGUUUCCAGGGAAGCCUUCAAAACACUGCCAUAGAAAAAGGGUAAAUGUGCUUCCUCCUACAGGAGAACUAACUCAUGGAAGCGAUAGUUCUUCAGUGACAGUUAUUGGAAGUUCUAAUGAAAAUAAACAGGAUGAAGAUCUCUCAGAAAAUGAAGGUGAAAGUACGGCUCAAACAGAGAAGUCAAAGCCCCUUAGAGAACAAAUAACAAGGAAACUUAGUACAUCUUUACGUAAGAACGGUCGGCAAAGAAACUUUAUAUCGAAAAUUCGAAAUAAAACUCCUUUGAAGUCAAACAGGCCAACUAGAAAUAAUUUAACAAAAAACCUGAUUCGCAAGGAUACACCAAACUUUGCAGGCAAAUUUAUCUUACCUUCAAGAAGUGUGCAUUCAUCAAGAGUAAUCAAACCAAAUAAACGUUUUAUUGAUCUUAAUGAAAGUAUUAAUGUGAAGAAAAAAGUACUCAGUAAGAGAUCCCUUAAGCAAUGCGAAGAGAAGGAUGAACCAACUAAUGAGACAAAAGACAUAAUGGCAUUUUCUAAUGGACAUAGGGUCAUAUUACGUCAGGCACGUUUAAAAUUGCCAAAUCAAGUGGGGACACAAAUUCCAUUUUCAACAAAGCUUCAUAAUGGACCUGGCACAAUAAUAUGUGGUGUUUGUGGUGCAGUUCGUUAUUACCGCUUUGUCAAACAGGCCAGAAAGUUUAAUAUUUAUAGUUGUGAAUCUUGUAGAAAAUUUAUAUCAAAACAAAUUAAGCGUCAGAAUGUUGGUUCAAGAAGUUCGAAUAUAUUACCAUGUCAAAUGGGACAGGGAACUUGCUAUGUACCUCCUGUAGUCCGUAGUCAACAUUGGAAAAUAGCAAAGUGUGCCUUUAGAUCAAGAUGCCCAGCCUGUUGGCUUAAGAUGUGUAUAAAGUCAUAUCAUUUACCUCUAACUUUGAAGCAGAAUCUCACACAGUUACUUCCAAAGAAUAUGAGGGGAUUUGACUUUUCAUUUAAUAACAGCUUACCACCUAUUUUGUGGCAAAAAAAUGUAGAAAGUCCCAUUAAGAGUCCGGAAGUAAUUGUUAAACAACGGCCUAUAAGGUUUAAACCUCCACAAAAGCCUCCAGUUAGUAUACCACUUGUAGCUUCUGACGUUAAAAGACAGAAAAUAGACUUAAAGGGUCCAAGAGUUAAACAUGUCUGCAGAAGUGCUUCUAUUGUUCUUGGGCAGCCCUUAGCUACAUUUAUAAAUGAUAGUAAUGAAAAGAAAAUUACUAGUGACUUGCAAGAAAGUAUUAGUGAAAAGUGUAUUGUUAGUGACAUUGUAAAAAUUAGUGAUCCAUUUAAAAUUGAUUCUCCCAGUGGAACUGAUGAAGAACUAAUAUCGAAUAGUAGUAAUAGUUGUAAAAGUUUCUCAGAGAAAAAUAUUUUACCGAAAAAGGAAAGAUCUAAAUGUUCUCCAAUUAUGAUAACUAAAGAGGUUAGUAUUACACCAACCAUAGAGGAACCUCAAAUUGCCACAGGAAUAUUAUUAGAUUACUCUCAAGAACUAAAUUUUGAAAAUCGGUAUAAAUAUGGAUUUUCUGUUGUUACAUCACAGAAAACUUCUGCUGGUGCCAUUUGUUUUCUUUGUGGUAGUGCUGGACUUCAACAUAUGCUAAUAUGUUCAGUUUGUUGUGAACCAUACCAUUCUUUUUGUAUAGAAAGUUUUGGCAUUCGUAUUAGUUCGAAUGAAAACUGGAUGUGCAUAAGAUGUAUUCCGUGCCAGCAAUGUAAAGGUUUCGACAGAAGUAAAGUUAGUUGCCCUAAAUGCCUUAAAAUCUAUCAUAAUGAUUGUUUUAGUAGUAAGGAAGAUUCUAGUUAUUCUAAAAUGGUUUGUAACGAAUGUAGAAAAUGUCAGGAUUGUGGAACAGCCACCGCUUAUAAUAUGUCAAGUUUUCCAGCCAAUAUGCCACUUUGUCUUAACUGUAUAAAUAAGAGAAAAGUAGGAAUGUACUGUCCUAUUUGCCAGCAUUCCUUCGAAGAAAGUAUGACUUCUAAGAUGUUGGAAUGUUCAAAGUGUAAGCAAUGGGUUCAUUCAGAAUGUGAGAAGCUGACUAGUGAGCAGUAUGAUAUUUUAAAAUUGUUGCCAGUUUCUACAAAUUUUACAUGCAGUCAGUGCUUAAACGGCUCACCACCUACUUGGUAUGGGUCUGUACAAAACGAAUUAUAUCAUAAUUUUAAUCAAAUUCUGAGGUUGCUAAUUAAGAAUAAAUCUGCUAGAAGUAUGCUGAAAAGAGCGGGGCUUAGAGGAAGUCAGUUUAGAAGGCAUUUAUUGACUAAUGUCUUAGAUAUAGAUAACAACAAUUGUAACAAAGAUAUUGAUAAAAUUUACUCAUUUGAGGAAAGUGAAAAAAUUCAAAAAGAAACUAACUCAACUAUUAAUACUCUUAUAGACAUUAAAAAUAGGCUGUGUGAAUAUAACUCUGUAAAAAAGUUCAACAACGAUAUGAAAGUAGCUUUAAAAACAUUUCAUUCGGAACAAAUACUUGUGAUUUAUAAGAAUAUUUUUCAAAAUGUUUUCCCUUGGUUUUCUCAAGUGCAUGAGGCAGCUGAAGACAUAGCACAGGUUCCAUAUUGUCACAUCCGUUUAAAACACAGAAGUAAUUUAAUAAAAUACCCUGCAUUGCCUAAUAAAGAUACAGAUAACAGAACUUGUGCUCUUUGUCAAAAUAUAGGAGAUCAGUUAGAUUAUAAUGAAUCUAGACUAUUAUAUUGUGGUAGUAAUGUUUGGAUUCAUGGCAAUUGUGCAUACUGGUCCAUAAACGUUUAUGAAGAACUAGACAAUCAUUUGCAAAAUGUUACAGACACUAUAGCGAAAGGUAAAUCAGAAAAAUGUUCUUUAUGUGACAAAAUGGGAGCUAGUUUGCAGUGCUACACUUGCAGAAAUGAAAGCUACCAUUUUAUGUGUGCAAGAAAAGCAAAUUUCACUUUUCAAGCUGUUAAUAAAUCUUGUUAUUGUCCUAAACACUCUCCAGAGGAUUCACAUUACGUUUUAAAAUCUGACGAAGAUUUUGAAUUAAAUAAGUGUCUUUUUGUGGAACAAUACCCCAAAGAAAACAUUAGAUCUGAACCUGAAGAUGUCAAUUGUGCUGUUGGUUCUUUGAGUAUUACAAAUUUAGGAAAAAUAGAACCAUUUAUUUCAGAUACCACAGAUGCUAUUAUUCCUACUGGAUUUAUAUGUUAUCGCGUUUUCUGGUCAACUAUUGAACCAUGGGGACUGAUUACUUAUUCUAUUAAGACAUCUGUUCUUAAUCCAAAUUGCACGACGUUGACCGUUGAUAAAAAUUUUACUGUUGACCACACAUUAGAAAAGAAUUUAGUUGAUAAAGCUCUUAGAGAUAUCAGUGACUGGCAAAGAGUGUAUGAAAAAAGAUCAGAUGAAAUAGACUCGGAAGAUGAGGAAGAAAAGAAUGGAGCAGAACUUUUAUCUCCUGAACUUACUGAUACAAUUUUAGAAGACCUGCCUCAUGAUAUUUUGGAUGGUAUUUCAGUACAAGACAUUUUUCCUAAUUUUAGUUAUGAAGAUAUGCUUAAUCUAGAUAAUAGUAACACUGAAAGCAUAGCAGAGUCGUUGAGAAAACCUGAAGAUGACGAUUCAACAGUGGAAACCACAGAUUUUAAGUAUACCGGUAGAGAAUUAAUCAGAACAAAGUCUGAUCCAGGCGUUAAACCAAGAAUACCACCUCUAAGCCUUACGUUAAGUUAUAAAUUAGAUAGUGCUCUUCCUCCUGUAACAAAGAAGAGAAAGCUAACUAAAGAAUCUCCUAGUAAUAUGCUAUUACUUCAAGUGGAUGGAACAUUUGAUGAUAGCAGUUCCAGUGAAUGUGGAUCUCCAGUAGAAACUAAUUCAAUAAAUCCUUGGGGUAUAUCAGAAGAACCAGUCACUUGUGAAAAAUGUCAAUGCACUUAUCGCACCCAGGCAAGUUACAAAAGGCACCUAGACACAUGUGAGGUACUUUGCACAAGUGAGAGUGACUCUGAAAAUAUACCAGAACAGGAGGCAAUCACUCACAUGAAUGAUGAAAUUAUAGUAUCUAAUACACAACCUAUAGAAGUUACUGUUCAGGUAAAUGAGCCUACACAACCUGUCCUCAUACAAGCAUAUGAAUCAUAUCAAAGUCAAAUGCAUACCUCUGUUGUAAAUGUUAUGCCAGAGGCAACACAAACACAGCAACCAGUUACUGUCCAGCCUACCAUCACAAUAGCAGAACCGCAAUCUACCCCAACUAUUUCUAUACCAGUUCCUCUAUGUGUAGGCCCAUCCAUCACUCCACAGAUUGUACAGCCAUCUAUAGAAUAUCAACAGGUCCAACAAGUGCAACAAACGCAGACGCAGCCUAUGACUUUACAGCAAGUCCAACAAGUCCUGGUUCAGAGACAACAGCCAGCGCGAAGAGAGCCUGUAGUCUUACAACCGAUUCAGCCAGCGCCUGCAUCAGGCUUUGUGCCGUUUGUCGACGCAUUUGGCCAGCCACAAACCAAUCAGAGUGUUCAAUAUGUGCAGAUUGCCCCACAAGUUCAACCGCAAACGCAGCUACUACAAAUUAGAUCGGAUGGCAACGUCAUUGGCAUUUUACCUAGUUUACAGCCUACUACAAUGAUUGUUCAGCAACCCCAACAGUUAGUAUUAGACAGUAGUGGUACAUUUGGAUGGGCUCAACAGCCCCAACCACAGAUCUAUUACGGGUUUGAGACGAUCGUUCAAAACACUGUUAUGCAGAGUCAACAAUUUCUUCCUACACCUGUUCCUGGUGUUCUCGCUGCCAACAGCAGCUACAGCACCACUACCCAAGUCUUCCAAACCAGCAAACUAGAGCCAGUUCUUGAUGUUUCAUCCAACAGUUUUGUAUUAGUCAAUCCUAGUCAACUCGAAAUACCGCAACAGUAUCAGCAAAGUCAACCGGCCACUGUAGUGACAUCACAAACUCCUACAAUUAUUUAUUCUCAACCGUCCACAACGCAAAAGCCGAUCGCUGCAGCUCCUCAAAAUUGCAUCAGCUUACCUACAACGCCAUUCUUAUCAGACCAAAACAUUCCUAUGAACAUUGUCCCUCCAAUUCCCAAACCGCCCACUUCACAUGCCAGGCCCAUGAGCAGGGUUUUACCUAUGCCUACAAGUUCUAUUAAAACGUCCAAGAAAGUUGCCGACGUCUCAAAAAUAUUCCCAGAAGCCGAGAAACCACUACAAACUAAAAUGGAGGAGAAUAAGUUUAUCUUUACAAAAGACGUCAUCAAAGUUGUUGAUAGUCCGAAAUCUAGAAACAGAAAAUUUGAAAUAUUGGACUAUAAGAUCAUCAAAAGUCGGCCAGUUUCUAAUCCUGAGACGAAACAACAGAUAUUUAAAGUAGAAGAAAAAUCGUUCAAAGAAUUCGAGCCUAUCGAAAAAAUUCCUGAAUUAUCGCGAUAUGAACCUCUGAAGGAAAUAGAGAAAGUAAAAAUAGAUAUGUUUGAAGAACCAAUUAAAUCAUUUGCUAUGCUGGAGAAUGAGAAAUUCAUGAAAUUUGAUGCCUUGAAAAACCUGGAUACUUUAGAAAAUCGUUUGAAAAGCUUUGAUACUUUACAUUUACAGAACCCAGUAAAAAAUAUUGAUCCAGAGCCACGACCUUUAAAAAUUAAACCUAAAGCUGUACAUAACACCGUGACUGAGAGCAGAUUGAAAAAAUUAGAAAUCUUAGAACGCCAGUUUAGUUUGAACACGCCCAAACAAUUAGACAAUCACUUUAGAAAGAACUGCUCUGGGGUAACUGUUCAGAAACAUCAAAUUUUAGACCGCUUGCAGACUAACAGUCCUUUAACAACCAAUAAAGAAAUUGAUAUGAGCGCAAAGCAAGAGACUGUACAAACAAAAUCUAUUGAAGUGAAACAAUCACAAUCCUUAGAUAUGCCGAAACUUGAAGAUUUUGAUAAGAUCAAAGAAGGCGUUAAUGUAAAAAUGAAUAAGACCAAUGAACAAACAAUUGUUAUUUCAGAAUUUAACAUACGACCAAGCGAUAAUUGUAUUCAGCCACAACCUUCUAAUAUCACAAAGCCACCAGUUGUAAUUGCCCCAAUGCCUAAACAAGAACAGCACAUAAAAGGUGAAGAAAAGGAGAAAAUAAUUGAGAAGCUACCCUUAGAAGUUAUCACAGAUCCCAUUCCUAAACCGCCUAAAAAGGAGUCAAGCUCUUAUGGAGCUCCUUCGAUACUUUACACGGUAGAAAACAAACAAGGGUUUAAAUACUCAUCUACGUCAAUAUCGGACUGUUGGUCUAAAGUUUGGGAAGCUGUACAACACGCUAGGGCAACACAUAACAUGCCUCCGUUACCAACUGAAGGCAAACAAUUAAAAUCUGUCCAGUUAAUUGGACUGAAAUCUAACCACGUUAAGUACCUCGUAGAACAGCUUCCUGGAGCUUCAAAGUGUAUGAAGUACAAGACUUUAUUCAACUUCACACCUCAUCCCCUUGACUCAUUAGAUGCAUCUGCUCAUGGAUUAGGUGCCAUCAGAUGCCAACCUCACAAACAGAGAAAUACAGAGCCCAACGACAUGUUUAGCUGGCUUUCUUCAAAACACAGAAGACCUUCCAUGUCAUUGGAUUCUCAGAUAGUUCAAUCCAGGAGAGUCAACAGUUUUCCUAUGGCUAUGAAAUUUAGGAACUUAAAGCAAACUUCAAAAUGGUCUGUCGGGGUAUACCGGUCGAAGAUACAUGGGAAAGGGCUGUUCUGUUUAAGGGAUAUUGAAUCUGGUGAAAUGGUCAUUGAAUAUGCUGGAGAGGUCAUAAGAUCAAUUUUAACAGAUAAGAGAGAAAAAUUCUACAAUUCUAAAGGGAUCGGAUGCUAUAUGUUUAGAGUGGAUGACAAUUUUGUUGUGGAUGCAACAAUGAAAGGCAACGCAGCUAGAUUUAUUAAUCACUCUUGUGAUCCAAACUGCUACUCAAAAGUUGUGGAAAUUCUGGGACACAAGCAUAUAAUAAUAUUUGCUUUAAGAAGAAUUUUAAGCGGCGAAGAAUUGACAUACGACUACAAAUUUCCAUUUGAAGAAGACAAAAUUCCAUGCACUUGUGGUGCGAGAAGAUGUCGAAAAUUUUUGAACUAAUCUGCCAGCGUUUGGGGUGGAUGAUACAACUGCUAGGGAGAUAAGCUAUAAUUGUUACUGUAAAUAUGUGUAUAAACUUAUAUUAACUUUUUCUAACUUUUAAUAUGUAAUAUCUCUUUCAAAGAGAGCUAAUGUAACUGUUGAACAGACUAACAUUUUACAGUUGUGUAUAAUAUGCAGUGUUUUUUUGUCUUAAAGCACCUACAUACACCAUUCAAGCAAAUACAUUUUUAAAAUAAUAGUGGUAAGUCUUUUUGUAAAGUCAGUAUUUGAAAUUUUGUAAGUUUGGCUGUGAGUAUUACAUGCAUUUGUGCCAUUGGUUGUGUAGGUGCUGGGCCUUUGAAAAAUUUGUUAUAUGAUAAAAGAAAACAUCUUAUGUGAUAUGUAGUUUUUUCAAAUUUUUAUAGCUAGGUCUGAUAUUGCUUUUUUAUUAACAAUAGUAUUUGGAUAAUGUUUUACUACUGUAUUUUCAUGUUCUCUAGGAGGCAACAUUGCUCGGAUAUUCAUAACAAAAAUAUGAUAUACAGGAACGUAAACAUUUUUUAAAUUCCUGAUAAUGCUACUUGUCCUACAUUGUAAUUUUACUUUAUACUGAAAAAAAGUGAGUUUUGGAAUUUUAUAUUGUAAAUCUUUAUAUUUAUUAUUUAUUUUUGUAAAAAGAUAAAUACAUGUUUAAACAGAAGCUUUAUAAAUAUUAUAUAUUAUAUAUCGCAUAUUUUUUCUUAAUUUCAGAAAACAUAGUGUACAGUUUAUAUAAACCGUAUAUGCUUAUUAUCUCAUUGCCUUCUUUAGAUAAGAUUUUUAUAUUUUGUUAACACUAGUUUUAAUAUCAUUUAAACUUCACGCAUUUUAAACAGUUAAGACAUCACAGGUACUUAUGCAAUAGUUUUACCUUUUUAUACGAUAGGCAAUAUGUUUUACUCUUGAAGCUUUAAUGCAAUACCAGUUUUUUUUUAAUUUUAUCUUUGCCAUUUUUACUCUAUACAAUAAGUCCUAGUUUAUUACAUCACUAUUAAACCUGACAUAGUGUACAAGACUCAUUGUAGAUAAUUAGCUUUAAUAAUUGAAUGACAAUAUGAACAUAUCAAUUUGAGUCCCAUGGGUAGAUUUGGUUCUACCUUGU